AUGGCCAUGACCGACGACCACAUCCUCACGCUUACGUGCCCGGACAAGCCUGGCAUCGUCCACGCCGUCACCGCCGUCUUCGCCCGGCACGGUCACAACAUCCUCGACCUGCAGCAGUUCAGCGACCCCGUCUCGAAUCGCUUCUUCAUGCGCGUCCACUUUGGCCCGGCGCCCGACAAGAGCACGACGGAGCAUCUGACGACGCCCUUUGGCGAGCUCGCCGCCGAGUAUGGCAUGACCUACGACGUGCGGCCGACGGCGCGGAAGAUGAGGGUCCUCAUCAUGGUCUCCAAGAUCGGACACUGCCUGAACGACCUGCUGUUCCGAAUGAAGGCUGGCCAGCUGCGCAUCGAGUCGACGUCCGAGUCGCUCACGCUCGCGCCACAGGUCCCCGUCAUCGUCUCCAACCAUGCCGACUACGAACCCCUCGCCCGCAGCUACGGUAUCGAGUUUCACCACCUCCCCGUCACGAAGGAGACCAAGACGGAGCAGGAGUCGCGCAUCCUCGAGCUCGCCCAGCAGCACGGCGUCGAGCUCAUCGUCCUCGCCCGCUACAUGCAGGUCCUAUCCCCGACCCUCUGCUCCGCCAUGUCCGGUCGCAUCAUCAACAUCCACCACAGCUUCCUGCCCUCCUUCAAGGGAGCGAAGCCCUACCACCAGGCCUACGACCGCGGCGUCAAGAUUACCGGCGCCACCGCUCACUUUGUCACGGCCGACCUGGACGAGGGGCCCAUCAUCGAGCAGCGUGUGGCCCGUGUCGAUCACAGCAUGGACCCCAAGGAGCUGACCGAGGAGGGCUCCAUUAUUGAGAGCCAGGUGCUCGCCACCGCCGUGCGCUGGUACGCCGAAAAAAGGGUCUUCCUGAACGGCGUCAAGACGGUCGUCUUUGCCUAA